AUGAAUAGCCCAAAAUCCAAACAAUCAAAGGAACACGUCUCCAAGAAACAAGAACCCCAAAAGGAAUCGACCACCGCUGCAGCACCUGCUUCUCCACAACCAGCAAUGACGACUAAAAAGAACGACGCAACCUCUACUUUUAAUGGCGAUGCUGCUUCCAAGCAGGCAACACGACGAACCAAGGCUUCUUCGCCAUCUCAAUGUGCAUUGCAACCACAGGAUGACAACAACAAGGAGGAAGUUGAUGAGAUUCAAGAGGAUCUUGAGGAGGAGAGCCAACAAGUACCUUCGCCUGCUUCAAGUAGCAAAGAAAACAGCAAUAACAACAACCGUAGCAGCACGACACCUGCCACUACAUCUGAGGAAGCAACGACUAGUCAACAAGCAACGAAUGAUACAAAUGGUGCAGCAGCUGAUAAGCCAGCGGUGGGUUCUGCCGAGUGGCAUCGUAUUCGGCGAGAGAAUCAUAAGCAAGUGGAACGACGACGCCGAGAGACUAUCAAUGAAGGCAUCAAUGAAAUAGCACGCAUGGUACCUGGUUGUGAAAAGAAUAAGGGUCAAAUCUUGCAUCGAGCAGCUCUCUAUAUCCAGCAACUCAAGGAAGCUGAAUCCACCACAUUGGAGAAAUGGACUCUUGAAAAGCUCUUGACGGAUCAGGCCAUGAAUGAACUUAAUCGCCAGGUGGAUGGCUUAAAGUCCGAGUUGGAACAAGCACGUCAAGAAAUUGAUCAUUUGAAACGACAACUUGGAGACAAGGGCUCUACUCCACCAAGCAAACGUGCCAGAUUAACCAAGGAAGAGAAGGAAUGA